GAUAAGUGAGAACAGAAUGGAACGAAAGAGGAGUCCCAUCUCUAUUGAACAAGGUCAUUUAGCCUCUUUUGUACCCAAAAGAUCAAAGCCAGAUGAUCUAUGCAAUUCCUCCAAGGAGAGAAAAGAGAACCUUGGGGCAAAAAUUUCAACACUCCAACAACUUGUUUCACCCUUUGACUGAUACAGCUUCUGUGCUUCAUGAGGCAAUGGAAUACAUUACAUUUCUCCAUGAUCAAGUUAAGGUGUUAAGCUCCCCAUAUCUCCAGAGCAAUCCAAUUCCAAUGAAUAAGUUACAGGAAGGAGAUGAUGAAUUGUACAACUUGCGAAGUAAAGGCUUAUGUCUUGUACCAAUCACAUAUGCAGCUGGAAUUGCUGGGAGCAAUGGUGCAGACAUCUGGGCACCCAUCAAGACUACUACUACUACUUCCAGAUAUUGAAAAGGCUUCUCGCUCAAACUGCUUGAGACCGACCUGACAAAAAGGGAUUUGCAGCUGACAAAUUACAGGGACCCCAAUAUCAACAUGAACAAUGUCAAUCAAGCAUCAAUUUUUGGAUUAAGAAUGAAAAAAAGGUAAGAUGUUUUGCCCUUGGUACCCUUGUGUUUGGGUAUAGAAAUCUUGACAAGAGUGGUCUAAUCUCCAAUGGCAGUUCUCAUACUAAGAUAAAUAGGUAAAAAAACUAUUCAAACUAGUUUCAUCCAGAAAAUACAAAUUUUUGAGUUCUAGGAUUUCAGUCUCAAUAGUUUCUAAUUUGUUUUGGUCCUCUACAAGAUACAUUUGUUUAGCAUAAAAUAUGUAUUGAUUGUUUCUUGAUGCAUUAAGAGCUUGUUUAAUCUU